AAGAUUCUAACAAAUGUUCUUGAAGCAGGUACAGGAAUUCUUUUCAAACUGUUCAUACGCGCUCCAACGUUUAUGACGAGCACCGUUACUCCGAGUUUCUUAGUGCUCAUAAGCCAGCCACAGUCAAGAAUGUGUUGCAUACUCUUGAACAAUCCACAUCGAGCUCAUGCUGUGUUCACGGGAUUUUGAGACUGCACGAGAGCUACAAUCGUUCCAACUCUGUCCAAUUUUAUCGAUUUUACCCUCAGUUCUGCGAGACCUUGACGUCAUUUGAUUGUCCGCUGUAGACUGGAAAACUGUAAAAUCUGUUGGGAACAUCACCAAGAACUUUGGGGUUACAUACCAAACAAUGGAUCUAUAUCCCUUAGAGGAAUUCAAGCCACCGGAAGUGUUGCCGCCGACUGAGGACGGUAAGGUCCUUGCACCUCCUCAAUUGACGGUCGCGUACCUUUGCGGGGACUGUGGAGCGGAGGUCAGACUGAAGCCCAAAGAUGUGAUUCAGUGCCGUGAGUGUGGAUACCGCAUUCUAUACAAGAAACGGACUCCCAAGAUUGUACAGUAUGAAGCACGAUAAGUACUUUAUUCAAGAUACCAGCCUUCACACUUCUGUGUUGGAAAUAUGGGAACUUAUAAAGGGGUCCUUAAAUGUGGAGAUCACGAAGUGGAGGCAAUAGCGUCAGUCAUUAGUAACGCUAUUUCUCAGUAUGUUUGUAAGAUCAUCCGUAUAUGGAUUCCCGUUUCGACAUAAGGCCUCAACAGAAGCAGCAAACACCGAGCUUCAUCUCUAUUCUGCUCUUCUUUAUACAGGGCUACUUUUGAUGGAGGAAUGAUGUACGUCACAUGUUUUGUUUCUGCUCAAUGACAUAGUCUGUCAUAAAGUAGCGAUUUGUAGGAAUAAAUUACGUCACGUGUCUUAGUUUCUUCUCAGUAAAUUUUUCUGUUAUAAUGAAACGAUCUAUACAGUAUAGCGAUUUGUAGGAAUAAUGUACGUCACCUGUCUUAGUUUCUUCUGAGUCAAUUUUUCUGUUAUAAUGAAACGAUCUAUAUAUUGAGUCAUAGUAACAAGGUGUGUUAACGACCACCCAUAUACAAUGAACAUGGAUUCUGAGACUAAGUACAUAACCUACAUACACUCCAAAGGUAUCUUG